GGCGGCGCGCGGAACAUGGCGGCUCCCUCAGGCCGCCCCGUGCCCGCUGCCGGCGGGGCGCGGAGCCCGGCCCGGGGCUCGGAGCCCGGAGCCCAGCGCGGAUCCCAGACCGGGACACGGGGCCCAGCCUGGGCCGCCCCUCAGGGCCCGCGGGCCCCCGGGUCACCCCGCCGGCCCCGCCCCGCCGCCAUCGCCGCCUCCCGCUGGCACCGCCCCCGCCCGCCCCCGGCAAAGAUGGCGUGGCGGGCGCUGCGGAGGGUCGGGCCGGUGCUGGCGCCGCGCUGCCCGCGCCUCCCGCUGCCGCCGCGGGGGCUCGCGGCCCGCAGGCUGGGCACCAGCUCGCUGCUGCAGUCUGCCCGCAAAUUCACAGACAAGCACGAAUGGGUAUCUGUGGAAAAUGGCAUUGGAACAGUAGGAAUCAGCGAUUUUGCACAGGAAGCAUUAGGAGAUGUUGUUUACUGUAGUCUUCCAGAAGUUGGUACAAAAUUGAGUAAACACGAUGAGUUUGGGGCUUUGGAAAGUGUGAAAGCUGCUAGUGAACUCUACUCCCCUCUCUCAGGAGAAGUGACUGAGAUUAAUGCUGCCCUUGCAGAUAAUCCAGGGCUUGUCAAUAAAUCCUGUUAUCAAGAUGGUUGGCUUAUCAAGAUGACUGUGGCAAAGCCUGCUGAACUUGAUGAACUGAUGACUGAAGAUGCCUAUGAGAAAUACAUAAAAUCCAUUGAGGACUGAGCUGGAAUAAUGAAAUAAAUUAAUAUAAAAUCUCA